UGUAUUUCCGUAGUCGCACCCGCGCCGAGAAGAAGUCUGCCGCCAGUCAAAGUCACUCGAGACAGACACACUUCCAGAGGAAUGCAUAGUUGUUUUCCUCUUUCCCUCGGAAGGUCCGGUUAGGACACAGGAAACGGUUUGCUCACGGGCAGCAGGCACUUGUCAACCCCCCCUCCCGGCCGGCAUGGAGGGCAUCCGCUUCGGCUGUCAGGUCUGCCUCUGCACAUUUGAGAAGCUCUUUGAAAUGAAGACGCAUAUGUACUCGCGUGCACAUCAACAGACAACCGCAGAUGUCUUCAAGCAAGGUAUUGUUCGGAGAUUGGUCCACUUUCCAUUGAUUGUAUUCGUCGGCCAAUGGCACAAACGAGACUCCAGAAAAACCGUCACCGGCUUGUGUUUGUGUUUCAGUCGAGAGACGAAAGCCUCUUUUUACUUGUGCCAUAUCUGUGAGGAAAAGCGUCCAUCAAAGAAUAUUUUAUUCCACCUCUCGUCUGUGGACCACUGCGUAAACUACUUUAGCUGCAAAAACCCGAAUGUACUGAAUUUCUCCUGGAUCCCCACCAAGUAUGUGGAUAAAAUGUUGAGGCCCCCGAACAGGCAGGAAGUAAAAGAAAGCAGUGGCGGACAACUACAGAUGUUGGACUUGCCUGGAACUCUAUUUAACCAGCUUGAAACGAGUACCUACCAUGAAGUGAUGUGCACUCUCAGUGAAAAUGAAAAGCUACUCCACGGUCUCAAAGCUGUCGAGCCGAAGCGGAUGACUAUACAAAAAUACCAAAGAGAUCCCAACAGAGAACACCCACUUCUUGGAAUGCAGCACCUCGUUGAAAUAGUUUGUGUCGGGCAGCCUGAGAAGAAACACUACCUCUGCACCCUUUGCCACCUAACUUUGACGUCCCACGCGAUCAUCAAACAUGUCCUGAGCUUUGACCACAUCUUUUGCUACUUUAGAGUGUGGCAUCCGUCUACUUUGCUGGCAAAGGAAUCGUACAACAAAUACUCCUGGAGCUUUGCCUGCAAGAUGCUGGAUUUUGCAAAGCAGACGGAGCAAAUUCAUGCUACUACAAACGCUGAUAUGAAGCAAGUAAGCCUGGAGGCCGGCAAAUUCACAGCAAUGCGUCUGACUUGUUAUGCAGAUGCUUUGAAGGAACUGGAAUCCAUGAGAAAGGAAAACCAGGAGAGCAGCUUGGUUACAAGCGUUAAACCAAGCGACAAGUUGGUCCACUUUCCAUCGCCUGUAUUCAGUAGUCUGCAGUACAAACCAGGCCCCAGACAAUCAGUCACUCAGUUGAAAUCUGGAUGCUACAAACUACGCUGUCAGAAUUGCAGUGUGGGCUUUGAAAACAUGUCUGUCUAUUGCACACAUUUGUCAGACUACAAGCACAAGCAGAUGCUGAAGAAGUUUUUUGGAGGUGAUGAAUGUUCAGACAAACCAGCACAGAAACCCAGUCUUGGUUUGUACGAGAAAGCCCUCAAGAACCUGAAGGAGAAUCAACCGCUUGUUGGUGUUUCCCUGGUUGUGACGUGUGUCUGCUCGGAGGUCCACAAGGAACCUCUUUAUGUGUGCUUUGCUUGUCAGGAUUGUUUCACAGAGUCUGCUCUCGGGCAACACUUUGACUCGCAGAAACAUCUCGUACACACGUCUCUGUACCAGGAUCCCUGGAGGCUGCCGCUUGCAUGGGAGAACUGUGUGGAUUUGAAAGCCUUAAGAUCAAUUGCAUGGGAAGAGGAAAAGAAUAAACCAGAUCAGAUGACGCUGAAGGUACUUGACUUGCCGAACACGAUGUUUGAGAGACUCGUCGGGAUUAGUUACCAAAAAUUGAUGAAGUGUCUCGAACUACAACACGUCAUCUUAAAGCGUGAUGUACCACCUUGUGAAACCUACAGUAAGCUCAAAGAAAACGACAGAUUUCCUCUACUAGGCAGACAGUUCCUGGUCAUGCACAACAUUUGUAGCAAAGGACAACCGCCAACUAAGGGAUUCCUGUGCCUGCUCUGUGAGAGGAAGUUGUCAGAUGAAGAAUUUUACGCUCAUGAGUUCAGUCGGAGACACAUUGCAACGUUCAUUGAGCGUUUCCAUCCAGGCUCGCUGGAUUCAAACCCUGAUGAAGAGACUUUCUUGGACUUUGCAAAACAAGCAGCCCGCUAUCACCCCAUAUCACAUGUGCAGGUAAUUCCGUUAAGCCAGCCUGUCAGGGAGACAUGCACCUACUCUGAAGCAUUAUCCAUACUGACAUCUGCAAAUAGGAGAAAUGGGAAAGCAAACCUUAAUCCAAACAUAAACCCCAAAAUGAAGUUGGUCCCCAGACCAAAAAGGAAAGAUGUGGAGGAGGACAACCUGAGGGACAGCAGUCAGAAAAACAGCUGGAUGAAGGAAGCGUAUUUGGAAAAGAGUCCAAAAUCUGCAGAGAACAGUGAGACGACCUUGGAACAGACUGUGGGAGUCGGUGCUGAAGUCACUGAUUCUCUCUGUCCGAAAAGCGGCGCAAAUGGAGACAACAAGGAGACUGUGGCGUCAAGUGGAAAGGAAUUGCUCAAGUUGAAUGAGUUUUCAGGAACAAGUUCAGACAAGGCGAAGCAAAGCGAGACAUGUCAUGCGAUAAAGGAAGAGAAUAUAGAAAAGCCUACAACCAAAGAACCAAGUGGGGAGGCUGUCGAAAACCGGCAGAACAUGGACAUGAACAAAAAAGAGCCGAGCGAAAGCAGCAAAUGUGUCCUGACACAGAAGAGGAAAAUCUCGCAGACGGAUACCUGUCCUGUGGAUGAUGGAGAGCAGGAAACAAGCGAGAAAUGCCAGCGGCUAACCGUGAAAAUAGAACCCCAAAACCUGCUGAGUAGCAGUCAGGAGGAAGUGAACACACCUGACGAGGGAAAAAGUGGAAAACCAAACGAUCAGACUGCAAAUAACAAAGCGUCCUCGGAGGCCGACCUGCAACAAGCGACUCAUCUAUGGCAGUAUGUCAAGCGGAAGUUACGAGAGCCUGUGGUCGGCUUGUGUUCACUUAUCGAAUGCAUUUGUGAUGAGCGUGCCCCCAUCUACCUCUGUGAGUGCUGCUCGCUGCAGAUCCCAGAGAAGGACAUUGUCAGCCAUGUUACCGGGGUAGACCACCAGAGGAUGUAUCUGAAACCUGCACAAGGGAUGCAGCAAGGGAAGACUGUCGGACACCGUGCAGCUUUGUCUGAACAAGAACAUGGAUAUGGAUGCGCUGAGGUUGUUGAGUUGGAUUAUCUAACCUACGAUAAACUUUUUAAACAGGACUUUGAUUCAGCCGUGCGGGAACUAAAAGCAUUUAAGGAUCAGCUGGACAUUCGCUCUUCAACCUCAGCUCCGUCCAGUGUUCAACCUGGGGGCACCUCGGUCCCCCUUCACGCUCCGCUGUGUUCUACGGAGAACGACCCCCAGGUGUUGGGGAUUGAUGAUUCAGGAGACUCUUCAGUAACUACAUUAAUGUCCACAAUGACUGAAACCCCCUCCAAUACAACCCAAGCCCCCCCUGAAUCAAAUGAUGCCCAAAUCAAAGCGUCAAACUCACCUGGUCACUCGGCAAACCCCUUUACCAGCCGCAUUGAGGGCAAAGCUGAAAUCGUUUCAAACACAAAUGUGGGGCCGCUAAAAAUAUCCACCACUUACGAAAAGGUGUGGAGAUCUGAAAAUGCAGCGACUUCAAACUCUGGUGCAAUCACCCCCGUUACCGCCACGGCGCCCAUCUCCACGCUGACGACCAAGUCUUCAAAUUCCACCCCGGACGCCUCCAAAUCAACAGCACCCGCCUGCAAACUCUAUGCCGCCCUCUCCAGCGUCACUACAGCCGACACCCAAUCCAGAGAAGCUCCAAAACGUAGAGCAACGAUCUCCACCUCGCCUGCAGCCACCUCAGAGUUGUCGUCCAAAACGCAGAGCAGGAGUAGAGCUGCAACCGUAGUCAGAGCGGCUUCGUGCGAGUUUGCCUCCUCCUCCAAAACCGAAUCCACGACGGCGCUUGAAGCCACCUGCAGAACUCUUCUGACAUCCGCUGCUAAAACGACCGAGGCGUCGUUUAGAUAUGAGAAGAGGCUAAGCGCAAACGCUCUCACAGUUGGCUUGAACCAGCUGAUUAAGGUGUCGUGUGGACAGAAGAAGCAGGUCUACUGUCGGCUGUGUUCGGUCAGGCUGCUGAAGUCCGAUCACACGUGCAGCGCCGCCCACCAGCUUAAAUAUGUGAAAAUGAAGUUCCCUCAAUGGUCCUGCAAGCCGUCAGAGCUGCAAAACGAAUUGCGCGACCAAGUGGCUCAAUUGGCCGAGGACGAGAGAAAAGAAGGAUCCGUCCCCUUCCCGAGACUGCUGGUGACAAUCGACGUGUACAAAGAACUUGCUGAUCUCCCGGCAGAAAUAGCUCUAGAGAGAUUGAAAGCCACGCUGAGAAGAAGCUCGGGGGUCACAUCGCCCGCCACGGGCGUCCCUGUGCCGGUGUUGAGACUGGAAUUUCCUGGUGCCAGUCAAAGCGAAGCUUCGAGCCCAGUCGAUGACAUCGAAUCCAGAUUGAAAGAAGGAUCAUUCACUCUGCGCCGGUUCAACAGAGCUCAGAGUCUGGAGAGUUCAGAGCCUGAAGCCGAUGACCAGAUUCUAGACCAGCUGCAUUGCAUCUUGAAUAAAAAGGAGCCCAUCGCUAAUCCUCUCAUUCAAGACGUAGCAGCCAAACAUGUGAAUCCUCAAACUCCUGUUGCAAGCAAAGAGGCUCCUGAGUGGCGACAACCGCAGGAGAGAAGUCACGCAGAGACAAGGGAGGUGUUGGAAGGCUCUCAGAAAACAUCACCUGUAAACCCAGUUGUGCUUCCAAAGAUUUCAAUAGGGGAGUGCACUGAAGGCAGCAGUUAUCUGUCGAGUUGGUUGAAGGUGGGCCACGACAAUGAACCAGUCAUAGGUAUGGGCUUUGUGUGGGAGUGUCGCUUUGUGUCGGAGGUUCAGGGGCUGUGCAGGAAGCCGUUCUUCCUGUGUGAGAGCUGCAGUGUGAUGCUGCCGCACAACGAAAUCUGUAAACACAUGGUCGGCCCUGACCACCAGGUCAACUACAUUAUGAGUCAGCACCCUGAUCUUUUGUAUUUCUGGCCGGAGAAUUAUCGGUUACAAUAUCCGGAUAUUGCUCUGGAGAAAUGGAUGAAAUUCGACAUUCUUAAAAGCAUUGCCCAGAUGCUCUCAGAAGGGGAGCGUUAUCUCAAGACUGAUGCGCAGAGUAUACUGCUGGGACUGGAGUUGUACGAACGUGUUCGGAACGCUUCUUUCAGUGAAGCUUUACAACUACUUAAAAACAUCAAGAGAGCGCACAAACUGAGCGUCUGCUGUCCAUCCAUCUCUAUUCCACAACGAAAGGACCGGCACCCUGAGAACCAGCACAGUCCAGAGGAAUCUCUCUUCAUGGAGCCUGCACAGACACUUGAGACGCACCAGAGAAGUGACAACGAACCAAUUGUCCAGGACAAUUUGGAUGGGGUCAAACAAAGUGGAGUUUUCGGUCAUCUGGACGUGACCAGUGUCUCCUCAAAGGCAAACUCUGUGUCUCCGGUCUGCUCUGCUGACCCACGUCUCAGUCACCGAGAGCAACCAAAUCCAGGACUCUCAGACUCUCGGCAACAGAGGCUUAUCCAAGAGUUGCCAGGGAAACUGGCGGAGGCGCACUCAGAGUCCACAUCUUCCUCUGUGGUUUGUCCUCCAACCACUCAAACCCUGCCCACGUCUUCCAGGGAUCAGAGCAUUAGAAUUCUGAAAAGACCAGCUGUUGAAUCUAUUGACUCAUUGAUCAGAUCUUCCACUGAUAACCCCGACAUCACAGACCCUUUGCCAGCCAAAUGCAAACUCCCAUAUACUGCGCUGCAGCCCAUCAUUGAGCAAAGCCCUGAAUCAGACUCUAAGUCCACUCACCAACCUAACUCUGUGAACCCCGCUGCGACAUCUAUUCCCCUGUCACCUCAGGACAAAGACCCUGGAACUGUGUCUCAUGAACAAGACGUACCCGUUGUGGACCAGGCAACAUUUGAUUAUAUAAUGGCUCUAUUCAGAGAGAGGCAGUCUGAGGGAAGUGUGUUGCCUUGCACCUCUGCUCCAGUUAACGGUGAAACUACCACCUCCUGCGCAAACAGUGCAUCCGAAAGUGGGGUGAAAAGAAGAUUCAAUCAAAAUUCUGCGAAUCAAAAGGUACGUAAUUUAAGUUUGGAAAACGUUAAAGGGACAAAAAAUCCAGCCCUUUUAAACCCAUUGGCCGAGAAACCAUCUCUAGACGGCUUUGCUGAAGCGAGGGGCGAAAUUGUGUCUGUUGCCGGUCCAGCCAAAGCAGUCGGUACCAUGUCACCACUUGUCAGCCCUGCUGACCCCGGUUGCCCACGAGUCCAAACAAGUAUCAAUGCUCGGACGACCUUCAGAAGCACUAGUCAGUCCAUCCCUAGUCCCAUUGACUGUGCAGUCGUCAGCAGUAGCCCAGGUCACACAGCACAGCCACAGGAUAACCGCUUUGGGGCUGAUCAGCAGCCCAUUAACGCCAUCGUAAGUGUCCGGUCAGAGCAGCCUGGACCCUCGGUUAUAGGUGGCAUCAAUAAAGAGGACUUCACUAAGCUGAACCGUAGCAAUCCGAUCACGCCUUGUUUCUCCUCUGUUCCAGAAAUGAGCCGCCCUGACGCUCCAGGAAGAUACGAUCAGUACAACCGAAUGGCUUAUGUCGCAGAUAGACCGGCAGGUUAUUUUUCUUCUGGGGCCGUUGGAAUUUGCACAACACCAAGCUACCGUCCUGUGUACACUGGGAGUUCCUUUCAAUGUGAAGGGUACCCUGCGGGGGUGCUCCACUUCCCAAGCCAGAUUCAACCCGAGCAGGAAACAACCAGCCAAAGUCUGCAAUCUUUUGGAAACGGUUUAGCAACUCCGCUCCCGCCACAAUGGGUGAGGUUGGGAAUGCAGCAGCAGCAACUUAUGCAGCAGCAGCAGCAAUCUGCACAGCAGCAGCAAUCUGCGCAGCAGCAGCAACUUAUGCAGCAGCAGCAAUCUGCACAGCAGCAGCAACUUGCUCACCAGCAACAAUUCGUACAGCAGCAGCUAACGCGGCAGCAUUGCUUCUCGUGGACAAGUACCUCCCUGGCAGCUGGCAAUAGCAUAGUGACCAAUGAGGCUGCCUACGCAGGCGCCACGUCCUUCAACACUCCAAACAUUUCACACAAGCCAUUUUCCGAUUACGACUAUCGAAUCGCUCUAGAUUCACAGAACAGCAACAACUCGGCCAGACAGCACAACCCUCCAGGUUUUAACUGUCCUCCUGCCGCCAACACUCAAGUAGUGCCUCUGCAAACUCCUCCGCCGGAGUUUUAUUUUAAUGCAGCUCCCCCUAUGGUCGAUGGUACUCCUCCCUGAAACCACCUGUACAGCCACGAUGAAUAUCGAGGCCGUUAUUUCUGCAGUUAAUCCAUUAAUUACUGCUCUGUGUGUGUCUGGUAGACACGAUUAAGUUCAGAUAUGUUGAGUCAUCAGUGAGAUGUCAAACCGCACGAUGGAGGUGUGCUCGUGUGUGUGUUCACAUUAUUUUACUACUAUUGAAAUGAUUUCUUGCUUUAAAUAUCAAGGGUGACUUUGUAAACCUUUUCAAAUGUUUCUUUUUAAACAUUUGUAUUCUAACCCUUUCAGCAGACUGAUUGUUUUUAUAUUUGUUUUUUCAUUUUAAUAAAAUCCAGAAUAAAGUUCUUGAAUGUGAAAUAUA